GCGCGGCGGGAUGCGGCGGCGGCCGUGGCGGAGCCGCGGGCCGGGCGGGCGGGCGCGGUGAUGAGCGUCGGCGGCCAUCGCCAUGUCCAAGGUAACGGCGCCCGGGUCCGGGCCGCCGCCGCCGCCGGCGGUGGCGGCGGCGGGCGGGAAGGAGAAGCGCUCCUUCAGCAAGCGGCUGUUCCGGAGCGGCCGCGCGGGCGGCGGCGGCAGCGGCGCUGGGGGCCCCGGGCCGACCGCGCCCUCGUCGCCCUCGUCGGCGCGCUCGGUGGGCAGCUUCAUGAGCCGCGUCCUCAAGACGCUGUCCACGCUCUCGCACCUUAGCUCCGAGGGCGCCGCCCCGGACCGCGGCGGCCUCCGCAGCUGCUUCCCGCCGGGGCCGGCCGCCGCGCCCACGCCGCCGCCGUGCCCGCCGCCGCCCGCCUCGCCCGCACCGCCCGCCAGCGCCGCGGAGCCGGUGCCCGGGGUGGCGGGGCUCCGGAACCACGGCAACACGUGCUUCAUGAACGCCACGCUGCAGUGUCUCAGCAACACCGAGCUCUUCGCCGAGUACCUGGCGCUCGGCCAGUACCGGGCGGGGCGGCCCGAGCCCUCGCCUGACCCCGAGCAGCCCGCGGGCCGCGGCUCGCAGGGCCAGGGCGAGGUCACCGAGCAGCUGGCGCACCUGGUGCGGGCCCUGUGGACCCUGGAGUACACCCCACAGCACAGCCGCGACUUCAAGAGUAUCGUGUCAAAGAAUGCACUGCAAUAUAGAGGAAAUUCCCAGCAUGACGCCCAGGAGUUUCUCCUCUGGCUUUUGGACCGAGUUCAUGAAGACCUCAAUCAUGCGGUGAAGCAGAGUGGGCAGCCUCCUCUGAAGCCACCGUCAGAGACUGAUAUGAUGCCCGAGGGACCGUCUUUUCCUGUCUGUAGCACUUUUGUACAAGAACUUUUUCAAGCCCAGUACAGAUCUUCUUUGACAUGUCCUCAUUGUCAGAAGCAGAGCAACACUUUUGAUCCUUUCCUCUGCAUUUCUUUGCCAAUUCCUCUACCCCACACAAGGCCUCUCUAUGUCACUGUAGUGUAUCAAGGGAAAUGUUCUCAUUGCAUGCGGAUUGGCGUGGCCGUGCCUCUGUCUGGGACUGUCGCCAGACUUCGGGAAGCAGUGUCUAUGGAAACGAAGAUCCCCACUGAUCAGAUUGUGUUAACAGAAAUGUAUUAUGAUGGGUUCCAUCGUUCCUUUUGUGACACAGACGACCUGGAAACAGUCCAUGAGAGCGACUGCAUUUUUGCCUUUGAGACUCCAGAAAUAUUUAGGCCUGAAGGAAUUCUCAGCCAAAGAGGAAUCCACUUAAACAACAACCUAAACCACUUGAAAUUUGGCUUGGAUCAUUAUAGACUGUCUUCUGCACAAGCAGCCGCCAAGCAAGGGAAAGCGGACUCGGCCGCCACGAGAGCAGGAAGCGACAAGAUCGUUCUGCUAGUGUGUAACCGGGCCUGCACUGGGCAGCAGGGGAAGAGAUUCGGGCUACCUUUCGUGCUGCACUUAGAGAAGACAGUAGCAUGGGACCUGCUGCAGAAGGAAAUCUUGGAGAAGAUGAAGUAUUUCUUGAGGCCAACGGUGUGCAUUCAGGUGUGUCCAUUCAGCUUGCGUGUGGUCAGUGUUGUGGGAAUAACAUACUUGCUGCCCCAGGAAGAGCAGCCCCUGUGCCACCCAACAGUAGAAAGGGCACUAAAAUCUUGUGGACCAGGUGGCACUGCUCAUGUGAAAUUAGUGGUAGAAUGGGACAAGGAGACAAAAGAUUUCUUAUUUGUAAAUACUGAAGAGGAAUAUAUCCCCGAUGCAGAAAGUGUCCGUCUGCAAAGGGAGCGUCACCAUCAGCCUCAAACUUGCACUUUAUCCCAGUGUUUCCAACUCUACACCAAAGAGGAACGGCUUGCCCCAGACGACGCCUGGCGUUGCCCACACUGUAAGCAGCUGCAGCAGGGGAGCAUUACGUUAAGCCUCUGGACUCUGCCCGAUGUGCUGAUUAUACAUCUGAAGAGAUUUCGACAGGAAGGAGACAAGCGUACAAAACUUCAGAACAUGGUCAAGUUCCCAUUGACUGGCCUGGACAUGACACCUCACGUGGUUAAGAGGAGCCAGAGCAGCUGGAGUUUGCCAUCCCAUUGGUCUCCGUGGCGACGGCCCUACGGACUCGGGAGGGACCCUGAGGACUACAUCUACGACCUGUAUGCGGUGUGCAACCAUCACGGCACCAUGCAAGGGGGGCACUACACAGCCUACUGCAAGAACUCUGUGGACGGCCUCUGGUACUGCUUCGACGACAGCGACGUGCAGCAGCUGUCGGAAGACGAGGUCUGCACGCAGACGGCCUACAUCCUCUUCUACCAGAGGCGGACGGCCAUACCGUCGUGGUCGGCCAACAGCUCGGUGGCAGGCUCCACAAGCUCCUCCCUGUGCGAACACUGGGUGAGCCGACUCCCGGGGAGCAAGCAAGCCAGCGUGACCUCUGCAGCUUCCUCCAGACGCACCUCCCUGGCCUCGCUGUCCGAGUCCGUGGAGAUGACUGGGGAAAGGAGCGAGGACGAUGGAGGUUUCUCGACUCGACCAUUCGUGAGAAGUGUCCAGCGCCAGAGCUUGUCAGCCCGAUCCUCGGUCACCAGCCCCUUGGCUGUCAACGAAAACUGCAUGAGGCCCUCCUGGUCCCUGUCUGCUAAGCUGCAGAUGCGCUCCAAUUCCCCCUCCCGCUUCUCGGGGGACUCCCCCAUUCACAGCUCCGCCUCCACCUUGGAGAAGAUCGGGGAGGCGGUGGACGACAAGGUCUCCAUCUCUUGCUUCGGCAGCUUGAGGAACCUCGCCAGCCUUUACCAGGACUCCAGCGACAGCCGGCGGGAGCACAAGGCCGUGGGGCGGGCCCCUCUGGCGGUCAUGGAGGGUGUCUUCAAAGACGAGGCGGACGCCCGCAGGUUGAACCCGGGGGUGGCAGACACCCAGAGCAAGAGCCCAGCACAAGGGGAUCCCCUGCCCCCCGUCUCUGUUCCGUUUGAUAACAAUAACCAGAUUGCUUAUGUGGAUCAGAGCGAUUCAGUAGACAGCUCUCCAGUCAAAGAGGUGAAACCCCCAGGCCACGCCGGCUCCCUGGCAAAGAAACCCGAGAGCACAGCCAAGCGAUCCCCCAGCUCCAAAGGCGCUUCUGAGCCGGAGAGAAGCUUGCGGAAGGGGAGACCUGCCCUGGCCAGUCAGGAAUCCUCUCUUUCCAGUCCGUCCCCUUCGUCCCCUGGUCCCGUCAAGGUUUCCGUGAAGCCCUCCCGCUCCCGGAGCAAAGCAGAGUCUUCCUCCCGGGCCAGCGGGCGGCACGCCUCCCCCGCCCCCACCCCCAAAAAGGACUCGUCCCCCAAAUCCCAGGCCUCCGCGUCGUCGCCCUCCCUCCUCAAGCAGAAGUCGGCCUCUUCCCUAGCGUACCCUGCUUCCUCGGCGUCCCCCAAAAAGGCCUCGGGCCCUGCCCCGCGGGGCCCCCUCCCUCCCGGCAAGAGCAGGACCUCAGACCGGAGCCUGAGCAGAGAGGGCUCCAGACAGAGCCUGGCGUCCGACAGAGCCGGCGUCCCCGCCAGCUCCAAACCCAGCUCCCCGCGAGGGAGCCAGGCCCGGGCGGGCGACGGCCGCGGGGACGGCCGGCACGUGCGCAGCUCGUCCAUGGCCAGCCUGCGCUCGCCCAGCGUGAGCGGGAAGGCUGGCCUGAAGAGGGACAGCAAGUCGGAGGACAAGGGGCUGUCCUUCUUCAAGUCAGCCUUGCGGCAGAAGGAGACCCGGCGCUCCACGGACCUUGGCAAGACAAGCCUGCUCUCCAAGAAGGCGGGCGGCCGGGGCGCGGCGCCCGACGACAAGGCCGACAGAGGCUCCCCGAAGCCGAAGGCCACCGCGGGCGCGCAAGAGCAGCCCGCCCCCAGGGACCCCGCUUCUGCGAAACACUCGCUGCUGUCCGCCCGCAAAGCCAAGUCUUCCCAGCUAGAUCCCGGAGCGCCCGCAUCUCCCAGUUGCAGGCAGUCUGCUGAGACGGCCUCCAAAAAGUUACCUUCUAGCAUGCCAACCUCUGCACGGCCUUCUCCGAAACCUCAGUGACAUUUCUGCAGUCCAAGUGUUUUAUCUGUGAAGAUGUUAAUUUAUUUAGAAGCCCCUUCCCUCCCACCAAAGCCCCCUAUGCUUUUGUAUUUUUGGGGUCACGUGCCUGAUGUGUGGGUGUGUGUGCGUGCACACGCGUGCGCGCCUGUGUAUGUGUGUGUGUGCGUGAGGAGAACUGAAUUGCAGGUUGUUACAAGCGUCGCCUUAUUCUGCCAUUGAACCAAAUAACAGCCAUAGGCAAAGCAUUGAUAGCAAGCUAACUGGAAUAUCGUAGACGAUACCCUGGAUGGUCCCUUUCGCGGUUGUACAUAUUUCUUUCUCGAGAACUCUAAUGCCUUUCGUUGGACACUAGGGAUUUGAAACCUGUGAACCAGUUAAGCGAUCAUUCGUGUGCCCUGAAAAGGAUGAAUUCUUUGACCUGGGUUUCAUCGGAGUGGAAUUUGUCCUUACCGUGGAUUGUCACGUGGCACUGGGAGCUCUAAAAACUGUGACACAAACAGCGAAACCGAGGGAAAACUGUCGCUUCCUGCACUUUGGCCCCAUCUACCAGUCCUUGUAAAGGGCACUAUUUUAACACUAAUGUUUCUCAGGUAUAUCCUCGGCUAGGCUAGGAUGGGUGUGAACAGUCAAAGAAGGUGGCCUGCGGGUGGCUGUCGUUUCUCCUACUGCCACAGGUACACGUUUUCGGAGGUAGAAACAAAGUCUUUCACUACCUUCAUAGCCGCCAAGAUGUGUGUAUCGUAAGUUGUGUUGACCUUGGGAUAUGUCCCAAAAGAGGUGGCCAACUGGAUAGCCAGAAAGCAAGUCACUUGUCAAAAAAAAAAAAUUUUUUUUUUUCCCUUCUAAAUUCGCUAGCUAAGAUCAUAGGGAUUUUGAAGUUAAUACCUUUGCAAGAUUCCUGGAAAAAAAAAAGGAUUCUAAACUGGAUGCAUGAAUCUGUGCCAUUUUCCUUCUUUGGGGUUGCUUUUUUUCUACGUUAGACGUUGAAAGCUCCAUGCUGCCAGCCGUCAGGGUCUGGCAUAGUGGAGCGAUAUGUGACAAUGUGUCACGUGCACACUUCCAGUCCUGCCUGGCAGUCUUUGUUGUGAUGGCUUUCAGGAAUGUGUUUGUUUCUUCCUUGUGCUAAAGAUUUAAGCUCUUACCCAGAAACUCACAGGCAGGAUGGAGCAUGUUCUCUCUGGCGUCAUCAGUGCAAAUGGCAUUUUGUGUUGAGUAGAAAAGGGAACCUCGCAGAAAUUCACACAUAAGUCAGAUAGGUAUUUUUAAAGUUUCGGGGAGGUGUUCUGGAACUUUUCGCUUUUUUCUUUUGUAAUUUUUUUUUUUUUAAUGUUAAGGGAGCCACGGUUCUGAUUCUCUUUGCCCAGCAUUUGUCACUUCGUCAUGCAAUGUAGCGUGCUAACUUUGUGUGCUUUUUUACAUGGUAACUUUUUUAAGUCAUGGACUCUUUGAGUUCUUCCUGAACUCUUGGUGCCCAGGUCCAUCUUAAAAUCUCCGUUUUCAGUAUUGCUGUGUGUGCAGUAACCAGAACACAUAUUAUAUGCAUAGCUAUGAAAUCUGCACUGCCUUUUGGGUGUUUUUUUGUUUUUUUUUUUUUCCCCUCGGUCCUCUUUCUUUCCUAUGAAUACCUCUUGGGAAGUGUUUCCAGGAGGUUACUUUAUUUUGCUGCUACUGUGAGCAUUAGCAGGUAACUUGCAAGUCUGGAGGCCAUGUGUAUUGAGGGUAGCUGGAAUCCUAGGCCCUUACGGUGUUGAAGACUCACGUAUUCAGCCUCGUGGAAGUUACCCUCGUACUCCAUGACAUUCACUUCACGUUGCCCAUUGCACUUGAACCUGCACCUCGCUAGGUGUCCUCGUUUCGCUGUGUAGGCAUCUCAGUUCCCAAAGCAGCCUUACCCUCCUCCUCUGCUGUGAUCGCCUGUGACAUCAUUGCUUCCAGCAGCACAUCCACAGCCUGAUCCGAGUUUAGCCACCGUUAGUCUUCCUGUGGCUCCUGUAUUCCCUGGGAAGAAAAAAAAAAAAAUGCACCAAACGCGGGAUCUUCGAUGUCAGGAAUUGAAUGUUUGUCUAAUUUGAACUUCUCCUCUUCCUUUAAUAGGUAGAUCUCAUUUGAAAUUUCAUAUCCGAAACUCUGAAACCGUCUCAGAAUCGUCGUUUGACCACACAGAGUGUUUUAAUAACACUUUUGGGGGGAGGGAGCUAUAAACAGUUCAGCAUUAAUGGAAUCUAUUUGAAUUUCCACAGUGGUGAAUAUUUUUAUUCUUGGGUCCUCCAGGAAUGGAUUUUCUGUUAUGUCUGGUGUCUUUUUAAAACAACAACAACAACAAAACUGAAAACAACAACAACAACAAACAAAAAGCCUCUACAAACUCCAUUAAUUUUCCAUGGGAUCCAGAAAUAAACUUUCCAUAUCUGUAAACUGUAUGUCUGUGGAGUUUAGUUCUUGUUUUAGAUUUAAACAGAAAAAAAUCAGGAAGUAUUAUGGCAGUGUCUAGGCAUCUUUAGGCUAUUUCUGUGCUUGGUCAGCAUGAAAAUUUCAGCCAUAAUUAAGAGGUAAAACCUCUAAGCCGCAGAGAAGAUAUUUUUGCCCAAAAGUUUGGAGAUGCUCUUUGAUGUGAAGUAUCUUACGGAAAAAUUGUUACUUGGUUCAAUUCAGUUUUUCUGGAGUGAGGGACUUGAUUUUUUUUUUUUUUCUUUCUUUUCUUUUCCCAGUGCUGUUUGGCACAAUGAGCUUAUAUGUGUUUGGGGUUAAAAAUCACCUGCAAAGGAUGGUAGCCCAGGGUUUUGGGUGGACAGCCUGGUGGGCCUGAUUAGAGCUGUCAUUUCCUGGUCGUCACGAAAUAACCACCCACAGUAGCAUUGCGUAUGUAGUGUAGGUGAGCUUUCUUAAAGCUUUGUAUUCUCGAUUUCUUUUCCUGUAAACAUCCAGUGUACUGAGUCUGUAUCAUUCCUUAAGACAGCCCUAUAGCUUGCCUUUGUAAUCCCUUCUAUAAUGUGGAAGGAAGCACAAAGAAACUCUUAAACUCAUGUGCUCUCAAGACUAUCUCCCAUGUUUGUUUUUUUGUUUUUUUUUUUUUUUCUUUUUGGUGUUUGGGUUUUGUUUUGUUUUGUUUUUGUAUUUCCUCAUCCUGAAAGCAGCCUAAUUGAAAGUAAAUCAUGCUACACUGGACCAAUAGAAAUGGACGUGCGGGGAAUUCCCUUGUGGCACAGUGGAUCCGGAGUUGUCACGGCAGCAGCUCAGCAGCUCAGGUCGACACUGGCGUGGGUUCGCGAUCCCUGACCCUGGGAGCUUCCACAUGCUGCAGGUGUGGCCAAAAAAAAAAAAAAGAGAAAGAAAUGGACGUGGGUAGAUAUUGUUGUUAUCUGUGAAGCUGCCCUGACCUCUCCUGUCAUUCAUCUUUCAUCAUUCAUUCCUUCAUUCUGCAAACAUUUCGUUGAGGGCCUGCCUUGCUUGGAAAGGCCAGCUGAGAGCUUCAGGAGUUUGCUGUAGCUGAGGCGCCCUGGGAGCGGCUGGUGAACCAGGGGAUGCUAGUAGCUAAGGCUGUCCUAGGUGGAGCCGCAGUCCUCCCGAGCGGAAAGAUCAAAUGGAUCCUGGUGAUCGGCGGAGGCUCGUGGGCUUCCUGAGCACGUCUCUUCUGUCCUGGAAACCAAAAGUGCCCUUCAUUUUUGGAGACAUUUUUAAUGUCACAUCUUCUUUUUCAGACCGAGCUGUCUGCCCCAUAGGGGCUGGAAAUCCAUUACGAAGUCACUUUGCAUUAGAAUGUGGUCACCUGGGUUGGUAGGCGAUUUGCAGAGAUUUCUGGGGAUGGGGAUGGGGGUGGGGAGGAAAGCAGUCAGCCCUCUAAAAGAGCUGUCACGACAAAACACAGCAGCAGAGUGGAAAGGCGACCGCGGUGGCCGCCUUGAGGAACCGUGGAGCCGAAGAGCCGUGAACAACGCUCCUCUAUUUCAAAUAAUAUGUUUUGAAACGUAGAUGCACAUCGGACGUCAAGUUUCCUUUUGGACAAAUUAGUGACCAGCUGCAGUUAGCAGUUAGUUUCCUGUGUAGGUGACAGGAACUCUCGGAUGCAAAGAUCACCAGUGUCUCCAGGUCGGGUAUUUGAGACAGUAUGCACAUCAUAAGCACAGUUUCAAUAAAACGCAUAUUCUGUGAGGCGCGUCGCGCUUUGUCUUAUUUGGAAUUUGAGAAGAGCAAAACUUGCUGACAAACCAGUGCCUAUGUCGUCAACAUAAACACACAAGAUCGCUGUUCCUGCGCAGGCAGCCUUUGCUUUCACAAAGGGUACGUUUCUGCUAAACCUGACUGAAACGAACGCUCAGUCUCACACUCCCUUUCGUGUUUAUUUUGGCAGCUGCAUUUUGAGCAUGACCACUCAUUUUUUUCCCCCAACUAAUGAAAAUAAUUUUGCAUGGCCUCCACCUAAACCCAGAAAGCAUGCUCUUACUAUCUAUGCAAGCAAUUAAUAAGAAAUACAGACUACUUAACACUCAAUGUAAGGGUUUAAAAAAAAAAAAAAAAGACAACGCUUAGAUUAUGGAGCUCUAUUUUUGUAAUUUUUUAAAUAUGGCUUAAUCAGUAUCAAGAGCAUGAAUGUGCUUUCGUGUUUGGAUUUCUUGUUUGGCUUUGCACAUGUUUCUCUGCCGAUUUUGGUUUUUGGAUCACAGGCAAGCUUGUGUGUAAAGUGCAUAUUUUGCAAACAGGAGUGGAAUUGGGUUAUGUUGAACACACACUGGUUUAUAAUACCGUGUCUUUAGCCUGAAGACUUUCCUAAAGAAUUUUGUUCUAAAAAUAACCUGCCAUUUUUUAUAGAUCUUCAUUUUUUAUAUCUUCUAGGGUUCUCUCGUGGUCACAAGGGAAGAAUGUGGCUUCUAAUAGUGCUAACAAUUUUCAAACACUUUUGUAGAGACUUAGAGCUGUUCUGGAAAGCUUCGGAGCUUCCCAGCCACGGGUCACGAGGACGCUGUGGAGCUUGCGGUAGCGUUGACAGUGGACUUGGUUCUAGAGUCACCUCACAUUCAUAUGAAACCAGUGUUUCCCGAUUUGGGGGAGCAGGCAGAUCUCUCACAGCCUUUUUCAAACCUCACACGUGUACUCUCCCCUGGGUUCUGUCAAGCCUUUUCUGCAGUCUUGAGAUUCUGGUACCCAACACCCACUAGAAUCAUCGAGGGAACUUUAAAAAAACGCCUGGGUCCCACUCCCCAACUUUUGAUCUAGUUAGUGUAGGGCAGGGCCCAGGAAUUCCCGUAUGCAUGUAAAGCUCCUAGCUCUUUCUGCUUUGCAGUCAGACCUGAGAACCGCUGUGGCAACACCCUGCCUUGGCUGAGAACUGCCGUGGGAAGGCCCCGGGAGCGACUCUUGUUUCCUCUGUUGCUUUGGAGAAAGAAGAAAAGAUGGUGAGCUUCUGACAUCAACCCUGUCUGAGACAAGGGGGGCUUCUUCUGCUUCGAGCUCUGAUUCAGGAGCUCAGAGCUUGCCCGCCUGGUGGGAGCCGGGGGUCUUGAGUUUGCUGGAACCAGCAGGAGUGUCCAGGGCGGGGGUGGGGGUUGCAUCCUUCCCAGGACUUUUUCUCUGGGCCAGACCCUUGCAGGAGGAAGGCAGUCGUCCAGAAAUGCUGAGCCAAGGCUUCCAGUGGCUUUGGAAAACCCGUCCUUGAUUUCAAUAAACCGAUGGUCACUUUGUAGUCAUUAUAAUAGCAAACCCUAGGCUGCUGCCCAGUGUCCUUCCUCUGUAGCUCACUCUGCUGUCUAGAAUGAAGUUUCAGGACUUUUGCUUUCUUUCUUUCUGUCUGUCUGUCUUUUUCGUUUAAAAGUGAAUGUGAAGCAUUUUAUGGGGGGUCUUUUUUUUCUUUGGCACCCUGGGUAUUUUUUUCAUGUCUUUAAAAAAAUCAAAUCAUAGUGCGCCCCACCUCGGGCCGUCUCUGUCACCUAUGGAGGCAGAUGAAAUUUAGUUUUAAUCUGUGGUGAGCUGAGUGCAUGACAAUGUCUUCACGAUAAGCUGCUGUGCUCCUCUGGCGGUUUCCCCCUGUGGAGGAGGAUGCUGUCUUGAAAAAAAAAAAAAAAAGAAAGAAAAAUACACACUCCUUUACCCGGCGUUCCCCACAUUUCGAGGAAUGAGAUACACGUGGAAACCC